CGUUUCAAUUUAUUUAGCUUCUAUUUAAUUGUGAAUUAUUAAUAAAUAAAUUGUAUUUGUAUUCGAUUUAAGGGGUGGAUAAUAAAUACUGAUAUAUUUUAAGACGAAAGAUCAAUUCAAUGUAUUCGACUUGUUUCUGGUUCAUUGUUAAGAAAUAUGGCGGUUUAAACAUAUAACCUAAAAGAAAAUCAUAGCAAAGUUGUGCUGAUAAAAAGUUUCAUCAGACAUACAUAUAUAUAUAUAUAUAUAUGUACAUAUAUACACAUCUCUUACAUAUUUGAUCACAUAAUUGUUUAUUAUAAAAUGCCAGAAACAUCAAGCACAGUGGAUAAUAUUAUUAAUCACCGAAAUCGUGAUUGUUUGGGAUGUAGAAUUGUUAGCGGUUGUGGUCUUAUCGGUUCUGGCUUAUAUGUUUCACAUCAUUCAAAGAAAUUUCAAAGAAAUAUUGGAAAAUCUAUAAUGUAUACAAUUGGAAGCGCAUUGAUAUUCCUUGGCACUGCUCGACUUUUGGAUCUACCACCAUUUCGCAAUCAAUUUAAUCAUGGAUAAUCAUGGAUGUAUAUUUAUGAUAUGUUUAUUGUUUAUAUAAACAUUAUAAUAACUU